UCUCAGCCGGGGUUAUAAAGCCUUCUCUGCUGGCCAGGAGGAGAAGGCAGUCGGGUCCUGGUUCAGCACAAUGGCCAGCUCCAAGCUGCCCAUCCUCUGCAUAGGGUGCGUCCUCUUGCUUUUGGGGGCCAGAGAAGAGGUGGUGGGACUCCGGGGGGCCGGUGUGGGUGCCCAGGAGAGCCAGGAGGAAAAGGAGAUGAUUGGAGCCCUGAAAGAGGUUCUGGAAAAGCUGAAGAACCACCAGCUGCCGUCCAUUGAGAAAAAGCUGGGCUGGGUGCCCUCCUGUGAUGCCGGGGAGUCCUGUGCCGUCCGGAAAGGGGCGCGCAUUGGCCGGCUGUGCAGCUGCCCUUGGGGGACAUCGUGCAACCUGCACAUCCUGAAGUGCUUGUGACGAAGAGGAAACGGAAUGGGGAGGGGGAACACAAGUUUUUGGACAAAAGGAAGCCUUUGCUCCCCCCCCCAUAAGCCAAAUCAGCAGCUGGGGCAACUGCAGCACCCGAGUCUUGAUGUGACCCAGGAAUGGAGCUUGCAAAGCCAGAAAGGUUCAUUACACAGACAGGCCGUUGGGGGAGUCCAUUUAGCUAUUGUCUACACUGACUGGCAGCAGCACCAGCAGCUCUCCAGGGUUUCAGCCUCAGGGGUGCUGCAAGUCUAACCUGAUGAUGCUGUAGUGUAGAGAGUUGAACCUGGGACCUUCUGCAGACAAGACUGCUGGACUGAAACCUUUCCCUCAAAAAUAAAGCUCCAUGCAGGAGGAGACAGCAACAACAUCCCUGGGCCACCCAAACGCCACUUAAAUAGAAUCACAGAGCUGGAAGGGACCCACUGGGGUCAUCCAGCCCGUAAGGCCACUUCCUCAGCUCCUGUUUGGAUCAUCCCUUUGUCGUCAUGAGGACUAGAAUCCCAUUUCACUUAUUUGAGGAGCAAGAACAGCUGCUCUGCAUGCAGAAGGUUUCUAGCUUCAAUGCCCAAGAGCAGCAUCUCCAGGCAGGGCAGGGAAAGACCCCCCUCUGCCUGCAACGCCAGAGAGCUGCUGCCAGCCAGUGCAGGCAACACUGAACCCGAUGAGCAAAUGUCCCCAUUAGGAAUACUUCUAAUUGCCGGGAUCGGCUCCCCCUGAAAAUCUUCUGCUCUCAGAGCCACAGAGAGAAGAGUCUGCUGCGGAUUCGGAUGCGAACAAGAGAGGGCAGCAAAAACGAGGCCAACUCCUUAUGCAUUCCUUCCAGGGAUAAAGCAAUUUAUCUGCAUUAAAAGCUCCCCCCCCCCGUCCAAGGGGUGGGAAUUUUGGGGAGCAUCUCCAAUCCCCCCAGCAGGGAGCAGCCAAAGAUUUUCCCAUCCUCCAAGCUCAAUUGUGACCUGCUGAGUUUAGGGCAAAAAUGGGGUGUUGUUUUUUAAUAGCCCGAGAAAAUAAUAAUAAAAGAGUU